AUGGCUCCAGAAAGGUCGGGGAAGAGUGUUUUCCUUGGGAAUAUCCCAUACAAUCUCACAGAGGAACAGGUGAAGGAUAUACUUAGCUCUGCGGGAACAGUAACGAAGUUCAGGCUCAUGAUCAACCCUGAAACGGGAAAACCAAAGGGUUAUGGCUUUGCAGAUUUCGCCGAUGCAGAUGCUGCGGCCUCCGCCAUCCGAAACUUGAAUGAUUAUGAAGUUAUGGGACGCAAGAUCCGAGUCGACUGGCCUCACAAUAAUGAGAAGGAUUCUGUGCCCCCGGAUUACUCCCAGCAAUCACAGCCAGGGAUGUCGAGCAGUGCCGGACAGGAGACACAGAACUCGCAAGCCCCUCUUCUACCAGCCCUACCCCCGGGAGCCGAUCUUCCUCCAAACUUGACAUGUCCCAAUGCCAUAUCACAGACCUUAUCUUCGCUACCCGCUCCUCAGCUCCUCGACGUCCUCUCUCAAAUGAAAUCUCUCGUCAUGGCCGAUCCCGCUCGAGCCACGGAGUUAUUGAGACAAGCUCCACAGCUAGCAUAUGCCAUAUUUCAGGCACUGCUUCUCAUGAAUCUUGUUGACUACAACACGCUAGGCUCAGUUGUAGACCAAGCAUCCCAAGCGCAGGCGGCUCAACAAGCACCUCCUCCAAUGCAGCAAAAGUAUCAGCCAUAUCCUCCCGCUCCGGGCCAGGUAGCAACUCCUCCCCUACACGGCACCCCAUUCGCACCCCCGCCACAAGUUGCGCCGCAGCAGGCACCUCCACCAGUAGCACAGGUUCCUGGUCAAGAGGAGCUAUUACAGCAAGUUCUUAGCAUGCCACAGGCGACAAUCGACGCUCUGCCCCCAACGGAACGGAAUCAAAUCAUGGAACUGGAAUACUGGAACUGCAUAGGAUGA